ACUGGAAAGCCAAUUUGCUGACUACAGGGCACUUUCCAGUAAUGAAACUGGAAGUUCCCAGAAGCAACUUUGUAAUCUGUGAUCAUAUAUUCCCACUCCCUGCAAUAAGGAAAUACCUGGUGUCUUUUAAUUCUGAGUCCGAGUCACUUUCCAGUGCUCUACGAAGAGACAGAGGCUGUUAGCUAUGGCUGAAGACAGCUGCAAAAAAAAACGCCAUAAGAAUUUAGAAGCUCUGUUGAAAUAUGUCCUUUGGAGUACAUCAGGUAACUUGGUGAAAAAAAGAUUUCCCGAAUUGAAGGAAGAGGAAAAGAAAAAACAUCGUGAUGCCAAAAUUGAAGACAGGCCUCUCGUCGUGACAAACCACAUGCUAAAGAACAACGCGGCUGGACAAACAUCUGUGCAGACCCUACCUACUAUGAAUCAAAAGUCGACCAGUGUAAAAAAAGACAAUCGCAAAAAAGAAACACUUAAGGUGUUGGAAUACCUGGGCAAAGAUAUGCUUCAUGGUGUUUUUAAUUAUUUGGCAAAACACAAUGUUCUGACAUUGAAGGAAGAGGAAAAGAAAAAAUAUUACGAUGCCAAAAUUGAAGACAAGGCCCUGAUCUUGGUAGACUCUAUGCGAAAGAAUCGUGUGGCUCAUCAAAGGUUUACGCAAACCCUUCUCAAUAUGGACCAAAGGAUCACCAGUAUAAAACCACUUCUGCAAAUCGAGGCUGGACCACCUGAGUUAGCAGAAUCUACAAAUACUCUCAUACUUUGUCCUCAUGAAGAAUUCCUGAGACGGUGUAAAGAAAACCAUGAUGAGAUCUAUCCAAUAAAAAAGCGAGAGGACCGCAAACGCCUGGCUCUCAUCAUAUGCAAUACAAAGUUUGAUCAUCUGCCACCAAGGACUGGGGCUCACUUUGACAUCCUGGGGAUGAAAGAGCUGCUUCAGGGCCUGGGCUACAAUGUGGUUGACAAAAAGAAUCUCACAGCCAGGGAUAUGGAGUCAGCGCUGAGGGCAUUUGCUGCCCGACCAGAGCACAAGUCCUCCGACAGCACGUUCCUGGUGCUCAUGUCUCAUGGCAUCCUGGAGGGAAUCUGCGGAACUGCACAUGAUGAGAAAAACCCAGAUGUGCUGCUUUAUGACACCGUCUUCCAGAUAUUCAACAACCGAAACUGCCUCAGUCUGAAGGACAAACCCAAGGUCAUCAUUGUCCAGGCCUGCAGAGGCAAAAGACGUGGGGAACACUGGGUCAGAGACUCUCCAGCACCCUCGGCAGUCAUCUCUUCACAGUCACCUGAGAACCUGGAGGAAGAUUCUGUUUGCAGAGUCCACGUGGAGAAGGACUUCAUUGCUUUCUGUUCUUCAACACCACAUAACGUGUCCUGGAGAGACCGCACAAGGGGCUCCAUCUUCAUCACGGAACUUAUCACAUGCUUCCAGAAAUAUUCUUGGUGCUACCACCUAAUGAAAAUAUUUCAGAAGGUACAGAAAUCAUUUGAAAUUCCAAAGGAUAAAGCCCAGAUGCCCACCAUAGAACGAGUAUCCUUGACAAGAGAUUUCUACCUCUUUCCUGGCAAUUGAAAAUGAAACCACAGGCAGCCCAGCCCUCCUCUGGCAACACCAAAGAGCACCUUUACCUGUAUAGCUUGCAUAUUCAACAUUUGGUGUUUUGAUAAAAGUAAAGAUGGUAUCUUUUUAGAUUGUAUGAACUGUAUAUUUUUAGAUUCUCUAACAGACAAUCUAAUUUCCAUGAAAAUGGUGGACAAGUGGAAAUGAAGUGGAAGAAGCUAACUGGAUUUUCGAGUUUUAUGGCUAAUGCUACAUCUAUACUUGGCUGAUGAAGACGACUGACUGUGACUUACCGCCAACAAUAGGAUGAAAGAAGAUGGUAUCUAAAAGUAUAAGAAAGAUACCACCUCAUACCCAUUAGAAUGACUCCCACCAAAACAUACAAACAAACAGAAAAUAACAGGUGUUUGUGGGGAUGUAGAAUAAUUGGAACCCUGUGCUCUGUUGGUGAGAAUGUCAAAUGGCACCACGGUGGAAAACAGUAUGGAAGUUCCUCACAAAAGUAAAGCUAGAAUUAUCAUAGGAUCCAAACUCCACCUUUGGGUACAUACCUAAAACAAUUGAAA